UUUCACCAUGAAUCAGCUUCACUGUUGGAUCUCCUCAUUUGGGCUCCUGCUCUGCCUCACAGUCUGUACAUGUAGUCCCAUGAAUAUAUGGAGAAUUGAGGGUCAGGACGUCACUAUCCCAUGCAGGUAUAACUCACAUUAUCAUGGGACAUGCGAUGUAUGCUGGAUGAGAGGAAGCAUCCCAAGAAGUGGGUGUGGUAAUCAAAUCAUUUACGCAACUGGAAAAAACGUGGUGAUGCGAGGCAACAGGAGAUAUCAACUAAAUGGAAACCUGCAGAAGGGAGAUGCCUCUCUGACCAUUCUCAAUGCAAGAAUAAGUGACUCGGGAAAAUACGGCUGCCGGAUCCAUGUGCCUGGCUGGUUCAACGAUAUAAAAAUGGAGGUCUACUUGAUCAUUACGGAAGCACCAAAACCCUCCACCACUCUGAGACACAUAACUACUACGACACGCGUUCCUACACACGGACCUGUUUUAACAACACAAGAUGAUAUAAGCACCGUCCCAGAGCACGUGACCACUAGUCAUACAGGACCUGUUUUAACAACACAAGAUGAUAUAAGCACCGUCCCAGAGCACGUGACCACUAGUCACACAGAAACACAACAGACUUUUACCACACUGGAAUAUGUGACUACUACAACACACAUUCCUACCCAGAGACCUGAUUUAACAACACAAGAUGAGACAACCACCGCCCACGAGAUUGUGACCACUAAGCAUACGGAAACCCAACAGACCACUAGCACUCUGGGAUAUGUAACUACUGUGACACACAUUCCUACACAGGGACCCGUUUUAACAACACAAGAUGAGACCAGCACUGCCCCUGAACAUGUGACCGCUAAGCAUACAGGACCUGUUUUAACAACACAAGAUGAUAUAAGCACCGUCCCAGAGCACGUGACCACUAGUCACACAGAAACACAACAGACUUUUACCACACUGGAAUAUGUGACUACUACAACACACAUUCCUACCCAGAGACCUGAUUUAACAACACAAGAUGAGACAACCACCGCCCACGAGAUUGUGACCACUAAGCAUACGGAAACACAACAGACCACUAGCACUCUGGGAUAUGUAACUACUGUGACACACAUUCCUACACAGGGACCCGUUUUAACAACACAAGAUGAGACCAGCACUGCCCCUGAACAUGUGACCACUAAGCAUACAGGACCUGUUUUAACAACACAAGAUGAUAUAAGCACCGUCCCAGAGCACGUGACCACUAGUCACACAGGACCUGAUUUAACAACACAAGAUGAGACAACCACCGCCCACGAGAUUGUGACCACUAAGCAUACGGAAACCCAACAGACCACUAGCACUCUGGGAUAUGUAACUACUGUGACACACAUUCCUACACAGGGACCCGUUUUAACAACACAAGAUGAGACCAGCACUGCCCCUGAACAUGUGACCACUAAGCAUACAGUUGUGAUCGCGGAAAACGACAUUGAUGUAUCUUCUUCAGAAAAAGAAAUGCUUGUGAAUGAAGACCCAGGUGUGCUUCCUGCAAUCUUGGUGCCAGUUAUACUGAUUUUAGCGGUUUUGGGAAUCUCUGCUGUUUAUUUCAUAUCGAAGCAAAAAAGAAGAUUCAGGUCGACAAUAGAAUUGGCCAAGAACUCUUCUGUCAACUACAACAACUUGGACAGCAGCGUGACCCUGCCGAUAACGAACUUGUUUAAUAAUUAGACAUUGAUAAUGAAUAUGACCGAUGAUCAUUAUAUUACAUGGAAUUUACAUACAAAACACUGUACACGAAUUCGAUGUGUUAUAAAACACUGAGUUUUUACUUUUUUUUACUUUUUUAAAAUUACUCAUCAUUAAAAAAAUAUAUAAAAAAAAAAAAAUGAGCAAAAACUGAAAAAUACAAAAUAGCUGGCCACUGGAAAAAGAAAAAGCUGCAUGCAGUAGGACAUAAUAUACCAAAUGUUUAUCAGUUGCUUAGACCUUUGUUUGUGAAUGAACUAACCUGCUGAAAACGUUGUAUUUUGGAUCGCUAUAACUAUGACUAUGAUAUAAAUGUGAUGCUUCCUUUCCUUCCUUUACAAUUUUACGAUGGUUAUUUUAAGAUCAAACAUGUGUUGAAAUUUUUAAGACCAGAUGUGUUUUGAAAGUGAAAAAAACAACAACCAAUAAAGCAGCACUGAAUGUAAAAGAAGCUGAUGACAUAGCUUAACAUAACGUUGACGUCCUAAAAAGGUUUUUCUAAAACUUCUGCAAGAGGUUUAAUGCAUGGAAUAAACGGAUAAUUUGGUCA